AUGGCCUCACAGCCGCGGUCCUUCCUUUCCGCCGCGCCUCCGCUCAUCCCCGCCUCUCCGCCUCCCCCGCAGUUACCAUACACCCCUCCCCCGGCGGCUCCCUCCCCCCCGCCUCCCGCCAACUUUGCGCCACGCCCGCUUUCCGCCCCGCACCCGUUCUCCGCCCCGCCGUAUCCGCUCUCCGUUCCGCCGCAUCCGCUGCCCGUCUCCACGCGCAAGCCUGCAGCGAAAUGGGUCCGCCAGUGGUGGGUGAGCAUAGCGGACAUCAUCAAUGGGGAGCACUACCACCCCGCCCUGCGCCAGUCAGCCAGGGACCUCAAGGCGCGAUUUGCCUGGGAGCGCCUGGAGAGCCUCGUGAAGGGCGGUGCCGGAACAGAUGCAGAGAUAGCAGAAGCUGCCAGGAAGUUGGUGUCACUCAACUGA